AUGCGAGUCUUCGAAGAUCAGGAUCAAUUCCGCUUCGAGACCGGGUCGUUUACCGGCUUCCGGCCUCUACGCCAGCUCGGCAGCGGCUAUCUCACCUCACCGGGCCAUUUCAAGCAGCCGCUGUGUGGCAACGAAGAAGGAUGGGGCCCCUUGAGCCCUCACCGAUAUGACUUUACUCCUUGCUUUAUCGACGUGUGGGUUGCCACGGUGGCCGCCUUCGGUAUUGUUAUCGGCGGCAUUGCCGUCGCGUGGCUAGUAAAGCGCUGCACGCCUGUCGAUAUCUCAAAGAACUGGCAUUUCUGGUUGAAACAGUCCCUUCUGGCUGCCGUUAUCGCCGAUUUCGUCUUGCAACUUGCCAUUCAGAUUAUUAGCUACCCAGGCAUCUGGUUCGGCGAUUUUCGAGUCUGGACUACCGCCGCGACCAUCGCGUCCCUCGCUGUCAUCUUCUCCAUCCAAUGGCUCGAGUAUACGCGCCUCCGCAAUCCCAACGGUGUCGCUCUUUUCUACUGGCUGUUCCUCCUGAUCGCCCUCGCUGUCAAGCUCCGAUCUCUCAUCUCCCAACAACUCUACCAUUCCGACCUGUGGUAUUUCACCAUCUACGCUGUCGGAUGCGGCCUUUCCGUUGCCGCCUUCCUGGCCGAGUGGAUUUGGCCCAAGUCGGAUAGCCGAUACGAGGCCCUUGAAGAGUUCGAGGAGGAAUGUCCUCUCGAGACGGCCACCGUCUUCUCUCGUUUGACCUUCUCGUGGAUGACGCCCUUGAUGCGCUACGGCUAUAAACAGUACCUCACCGAAGACGACCUGUGGGCUCUUGCGCACACCGACAACACCAAGACCACCGGUGACGCUUUCGAUAACGCGUGGCAACAUGAGUUGGAGCAUCGGAAGGAGAAACCCUCCCUCUGGUGGGCAAUGGGUCGCGCCUAUGGUGGCCCUUACGCGCUCGCUGCUAUCUUUAAAAUUGGCAACGACAUCUCUCAAUACGUGCAGCCUCAGCUUUUGAGGAUCCUGAUCGGCUGGGUUGAUUCGUAUCGACCCGGCAAGGAGCCCGAGCCCGUCAUCAAGGGAGCUGCUAUUGCCCUGGGCAUGUUCUCCUGUGCCGUUUUCCAGACUGCCAUGGUCCACCAAUACUUCCAAACUACCUUCGUUACGGGCAUGCGGAUCAAGGGUGGUUUAGCCUCGGCCAUCUACCGAAAGUCCCUCCGACUCUCCAACGAAGGUCGGUCACACAAGACGACCGGUGACAUCGUCAACUAUAUGGCCGUCGAUGCUCAGCGCCUGCAGGAUCUCGCCCAGUUCCUACACCAGAUCUGGUCCUCGCCCUUCCAAAUCAUCCUCUGCAUGGUUUCUCUCUACCACCUGGUUGGAUGGUCUAUGCUUGCAGGUAUCGGAGUCAUGAUUAUCAUGAUGCCAUUAAACGGCUGGAUUUCCAAGGUGAUGAGGAACCUGCAGAAGAAGCAGAUGAAGAACAAGGAUGCCAGGAGCAGGCUAGUGACCGAAAUCAUCAAUAACAUGAAGAGCAUCAAGCUCUAUGCCUGGAGCGCCGCCUUCAUGAACAAACUUAACUAUGUUCGAAACGAGCAAGAAUUGAAGAACCUGCGAAAAAUCGGAGCAACCCAAGCCCUUGCCAACUUUGCCUGGAACACUGCCCCCUUCUUCGUGUCUUGCUCGACAUUUGCUGUCUUUGUCCUCACUCAGGAUAAACCCCUUAGCACGGACAUUGUCUUCCCUGCUCUAGCCCUCUUCAACCUUCUUACAUUCCCUCUUGCUGUCUUGCCUAUGGUCAUUACCGCCAUGGUUGAAGCCGGCGUUGCUGUCCGCCGGUUGUCUGAUUUCCUUGCCGCUGAGGAGAUUCAGCCCGAUGCCGUUGCCAUCAAGCCUUCUCCUGACGCUAUCGGCGAGGAGUCCGUUGUCAUCCGCAACGCGACUUUCUCAUGGAACCGCCAUGAGUCGAAGACUGCUCUCAGGGACAUCGACUUUACCGCCUAUAAGGGCCAGCUGUCCUGCAUCGUCGGCAGGGUCGGCGCCGGCAAGUCUUCCUUCCUUCAGUCUAUUUUGGGAGAUCUAUGGAAGGUCGAGGGUAAAGUCGAAGUCCACGGUACCGUUGCGUAUGUCGCUCAGCAGCCCUGGAUUCUGAACGCUACGGUUAAGGAGAACAUCAUUUUCGGGUACCGUUAUGAUUCCCACUUCUACGAGCUCACUGUCAAGGCCUGUGCGCUCUUAGACGACUUUGUCCAGCUCCCCGAUGGCGACGAAACCGUGGUCGGUGAGCGCGGUAUUUCUCUCAGCGGUGGUCAGAAGGCUCGCGUUGCUUUGGCCCGUGCCGUCUAUGCUCGAGCUGAUAUCUAUCUCCUCGACGAUGUACUUUCUGCCGUGGAUUCGCACGUCGGCCGACACAUCAUCGAGAACGUUCUCGGUCCUCGGGGUCUCCUCCACACUAGGACCCGAGUCCUUGCCACUAACUCUAUCUCGGUUCUCCAGGAGGCCAGCCACAUCACUCUCCUCAAGGAUGGCGAGAUUGCUGAAAAGGGUGCUUUCCAGGAGCUCAUGCUUCAGAAGGGUCUAGUUGCCGAGCUCGUUAAGACCGCGAAGCAGGAUCAGAAUGGUGGUUCUUCGUCCGACUCAUCCUCGAGCAUCUCCAGCAGCGAAUCCGCCACUGUCCACGAGGCCGACCUCAAGGACUCCGAUAGGGAUGCUUUGGAUGAAGCUGGGGAGCCCAUUCCCGAAGCGCAGCAUGGCGGUGAAACCGACGGCAAGAAGAGGGCUAUGAGCAUCGCAACUCUCCGUCGACCAAGCGCCGCGAGCUUUAGAGGAGCUCGGGGCAAGCUUGCGGACGAGGAGGGCAAUAAUAGUAGGACCAAGCAGAAAAAGGAGCACUCUGAGCAGGGCUCGGUCAAAUGGGAUGUCUAUACUCAGUACGCAAAGGACAACAACUUGGGCGCUGUUGCUAUCUAUUUGUUCGCCCUAGUCGCCGCCCAGUGCGUUAGCGUUGCUGGUUCCGUUUGGCUGAAGCGGUGGUCCGAGACAAACCAGGAGUCCGGGUAUAACCCAGAUAUCGGCAAAUUCAUCAGCAUCUACUUUGCCUUUGGUGUGGGGGCUGCUGCUCUCACCGUCGGGCAAACCCUCAUACUCUGGAUCUUCUGCUCUAUCGAGGCCUCGCGAAAACUGCACGAGAGAAUGGCGAACGCUAUUUUCCGAUCGCCAAUGUCGUUCUUCGAUACAACUCCGACUGGCCGUAUCCUUAAUCGAUUCUCAAGUGACAUCUACCGUGUCGAUGAGGUCCUUGCCCGGACCUUCAACAUGCUAUUCGUCAAUCUCUCCAGGUCCGGCUUCACGUUGAUGAUCAUCUCAGUUUCCACGCCCAUUUUCACCGCCCUUAUUAUCCCGCUCGGCUUCAUGUAUAGGUGGAUCCAAAAGUACUACCUGCGCACGUCGCGAGAGCUCAAGAGACUGGAUAGCGUCAGCCGAAGCCCCAUCUACGCUCACUUCCAAGAAACGCUGGGUGGUGUUUCGACUAUUAGGGCGUACCGCCAGCAGGACCGAUUCGGGCUCGAGAACGAGUGGCGCAUCGACCAAAACCUCCAGGCCUACUUCCCAUCUAUCAGCGCGAAUCGAUGGCUUGCCAUCCGUCUCGAGUUCAUCGGUGCCAUUGUCAUUCUCUCGGCUGCCGGAUUUUCUAUCAUGUAUGUGGCGGGCGGUAGUGGUCUAACGUCGGGUAUGGUCGGUCUGGCCAUGUCAUAUGCCCUACAGAUUGUCACAUCGCUCAAUUGGAUUGUCCGCCAAACGGUCGAGGUAGAGACGAACAUCGUGUCGGUCGAGCGUGUGCUCGAGUAUACCCACCUGCCCAGCGAGGCACCUGAAAUCAUCCCCGGCAACCGCCCACCGGUUUCAUGGCCGUCCAAGGGUGCCGUCUCGUUCAACAACUACAGCACCCGUUAUCGAGAAGGUCUCGACCUCGUGCUCAAGAACAUCAACCUCGACAUCAAGUCGCACGAGAAGAUCGGUGUGGUGGGGCGUACGGGGGCGGGCAAGUCGUCGCUCACCCUCGCACUGUUCCGGAUCAUCGAGCCGGUGUCGGGUAACAUCACCAUCGACGGCAUCAACACGUCGACGAUUGGGCUGCUGGAUCUGAGGCGACGCCUUGCUAUCAUUCCGCAGGACGCAGCUCUUUUCGAGGGCACGGUUCGCGACAAUCUUGAUCCUGGACAUGUGCACGAUGACACUGAGUUGUGGAGCGUAUUAGAGCACGCGCGUCUAAAGGACCAUGUCUCAUCCAUGGAUGGUGGCCUCGAAGCCAAGAUCAACGAAGGAGGAUCCAACCUCUCACAGGGCCAGCGCCAGCUCGUAUCCCUGGCGCGAGCUAUGCUCACGCCGUCCAACAUCCUGGUUCUCGACGAGGCCACGGCUGCCGUCGACGUGCAGACGGACGUGCUGCUGCAGGCGACGCUGCGGAGUCCGCUGUUCGCGAACCGGACCAUCAUCACGGUGGCGCACCGCAUCAACACGAUCAUGGACAGCGACCGGGUGGUGGUGCUGGACAAGGGCGAGGUGGUGGAGUUCGAUACGCCGCAGGAGCUGAUUAAGAAGCAGGGUGUGUUUUAUGGGUUGGUUAAGCAGGCUGGCAUUGAGACGGAUUGA